AUGGACCUGGACAACGAAGAUCACGCAGCGCGCUCGUCGAAGAGAACAAAAAACAUCAUCACGCCCGGCGAGGUCAUCACCUCAGAUCCUCAAUGGAUGCGCGGUCACGGCACAUAUAUCAACGACAAUGGCGACCUAGCGCCCAUCAUUCGCUCAACCCUCGCUGGUACACUGCAAAAGACCAACAAGCUACUCUCCGUCGUACCGUUACGCGCCCGCUACACGCCAGAAAUUGGAGACUUGGUGAUUGGAAGGAUCAUUGAGGUUCAGUCGAGGAGGUGGAAGGUUGAUGUUGCCGGCGCUUUGACUGCUGCUCUACCCUUGAGCAGUAUCAACUUGCCUGGUGGUAUUCUGCGCAAGAGAACCAGCGUCGAUGAGUUGAACAUUCGCACAUUCUUCGAAGAGGGAGAGCUAUUGGUCGCCGAGGUGCAGAGUCUGUUCCAAGAUGGCUCGGCUUCAUUACAUACCCGCAGUUUGAAGUACGGCAAGUUGCGCAACGGUUACUUCAUGGCUGUGUCAGGUGUCGGAGGUGGCGCUGGCGUUGUAAGAGCAAAGAGACAAAUCUUCACCCUGCAGACCUCUAGCAGAGGCGGCGAGGUCGAUGUUGUCCUCGGAGUCAACGGCUACAUCUGGAUCUCCAAGCACAUCGAGGCAGACAAGAGCAAGGAUGUCAGCAUUACCAGAAUCGAGGAACAAGUCAGCACCACCAUGUACUCGAGCCAGAACGACGACAUCAGUCCGGACACAAGAAGAGAGAUCGCAAGAGUCGCUGGCUGUAUCAGAGCGCUGGCUGAGAAUGGCGUCAAGGUUGAUGAAGAGAUGGUACGCAGAUCAUACGACGCUAGUCUCGAUCUCGAGCAGGAUGAGGCUGAAGAAGGCGCUGGCUUCUUGGGUGGAGAAAGAGGAAGACUUAUCGUCGACAUGGCAUUGAGAGGCUCCGGCUGA